AUGUUGUUGAAAGAGAGCAUCCAAACCCUCCUAGUGGGAGAUGUUGCGGAUACUUCUACCUCGUCACCAGACCAAAUAAGUAUCUCUUACAAGCAAGAGCGGUUGUUAGUGUCGUGGGUUCUGCUAACGAGAAUACCGGAAGACGACCUCGUGGAUCUGUGGACGACUCAUGGAGCCAAUUUGGAAACCUUUGCCAUUUCCAUGCUGAAUGACAAUCGCGACCCGUGCCAUUUGCUGUAUAUUCGUCUCUUUGCACAAGCAUACAGCCGAAUCGUUGAGAGAUGUCCGCUAGAUCUUGGAAGAAGGCUCUUUGAAUGUUGGGGUCGACACGAAAGAAAACAGGAUUUGAAACUUUCCAUUGAUGUGUUGAGCUGUUUGGAUGUAUUGGUCGCAGAUCACCCCAGUGUGAGUAAAGAACUAAACGUUGUCGAGAAAUUAUGGGACUUUUAUACAUCGGGUUCAAUGGAGACCGAAUCUAAGGAGAAAGAUGUGCCCAAAGAAGAAUCAUAUCCGUCUCAAGAGUGGGAUAUGAUGGCGAAGACUCUCAACGGCACUUUGCAAGGAACAGAUGCUUCCUACUACUCGGUUUCGACUUUGAAUGAGACUAUCCUCACCGUCUUCCAGCGAUCUGGAUUCGAACAUGUACCACAAUCAAUGAUACCAAAGAUAUUGUCGUGGGUUUCUAAAUCAAAGCAAUCCAUCACCCUUCCGCCCGAUUUGAGGUCAUUGUGGGUUGAGUGGACACUAGGAUUAUUUCAAACGCUGGCAUCCAACAAGAAAGUGGACACCAUAUUGCGUCACACUGGGGUGCCAGACGAUUUGAAUCGGCUGCUGCUUGCCAUUAUUGUCUCACCUACAUCCGACAAGGAGAGUCGUUAUGGAUCACUUCGGGCAAUGGCAUGGCAAACGCUGGUAUCCAUACUGGAGACAUGUGGCUGGGCGUGGGCCUUCCGCAUUACUGCCACUGGAAAACUCGGUAACGGGACACCCCUUUGUACCUGGACUCGACUGGCAAGCGGGGAAUGGCGAUUGCAAUUGCAAAAAUCAGAGUCUGGUGAUGUUUCGACACCAGAAGAAGGGGCAGGAGAUGCAAUUGGAGACGCAACGGCUCGGUUGCUAAUAGCAACAACAGAGUUCUGUAUUGAACUGUCCGAGAAAAUUACCGUGUCACUCUCUUCCGAUGCAGUGCUUCAUUUGUAUCAAUCAUUGGAGGAAAGUCUCAUGUCAACUCUCGAGUACAUUACUCUGGAAAGGGAAUCAAGGAUUGUGGGGCUCUUUUCCACGACAGCAACUCGAUUAUUUGGUACUUUGUUGCGAGAAUUUGACAUUUGGACACUGCAAAAGAAGGAUGUAGAAACUUCACAAGCAACCAUUGAUGGAUUAGCAUAUUUGCUGGAAUCUUCGGACGAGAACUGCUUAUUACCGGCGAUUGCUAAUAUUCUAGAAGCAUCCGACUCGGAUUCAACAAGAAAGAAGGAUAUGUUGAAAUUAUGGGACCCCUUUCUAUCGUACAUGCAGCGAUUCUGGGAAACGACCGCAUCAAAGUGGUCUCAACAAGAUUCCAGAGAACUUGGCCAAAUCGUCCCUUGGGCAUGUACUUGUCUCGACUGGUGGAUCGAUGGGGCAUUUCCAGAGAGCAAGAAUACUGUGCAGAAUAGACGGCGAAUUCAGGUCGCUGUGCUCAAGUUCAUUGGCUGUGCCAUGUCCAGCAACUUAGACUCACAAUCUCGGACGAGUCUCUCAUUGGCCUUGGGGUGCUAUAUGACGCUGUCCCAAGAACAAAGUGCAAUACCUUCGGAAAACGAAUCAAUGCUAAUCUUUCGUGCAUUGCAGACUUGCGAAAUCCAGAAUUCGGAAAUGCGAUGA